AUGGCUUUCAAGCCGCUGCAAUGGCUCACCUCGCUGCAGGAGUCGCUCUCAGACCCGAACCCUCGACCUGGUCUCCAUCCAAUCCCCAAUACGAAACCGCUCACCUUCACAGGCGCCAUCCUCCCACCUCUCAUCUACUACCUUGCGCUCCUCCUCCUCGCCCCCCCACCGCCGCCGGCAGUCGAUAGCCUUCCCGUGAAGAUUCUCCGGAACUGCCUCGCCCUGGUCGCCGGAGUACUGUUCUUUCGCCUACCUCUGGUAUAUCAUGUCCCGCAGAGCAUUGGCUUGACAUACCAACUGGGCCUUGUAGGUCUCUACGGUGGAUGCAGGGUUCUUGAUGCAUUCUUCAUAAGCCCGUACUUGUUUGAACACAUUCCCCGGAGGGUCAAGUAUCGUCACAUUCCAAGGGAGGACUCUUCGGAACCAAUGGCGGAAGCGACAGACAAGGAAUGGACAAAUGGCGGAGUCAUUGAUCCUUUCCACCAUACCGGCGACUCACAGGAACAUACCUCCAAAGAUUCAGGCAACGGCCAUGUUUCAGGAUUCAAACAGUCAGCGCGAACCCUUGCUAUCCGUUCUGAUUCUGCUGUGCGAUCAGCUCUCCGAAGAUCCAUCUCAGGUCCAGAUCCGGUGCCAGUCUUGGAGACAGCGAUAACAGAAAGUGGUUGGCCAACAACGAUUCUGGAUCGUGCGGCAUGGGCUCUUGAGCUUGAACUCUCCAUGCGUGGCAUUGGCUUCACCUGGACUACUGCAGAUGUGCGGCACACGCGCAAAACCUGGCUUCCCACCGUCCACAACCGCGUUCACAGCAUAGUCGUCCAUGUCACACCAGUUCUCCUCGUCAGCUGGGCCGUUAUCAGAACCGUCUAUGUACGCUAUCUUAUGCCAGCACGGGACGCACCUUGGGACAUGUAUUCUGCAUAUGACCUGUUCGACCACCGUUUACCUAUGGCUCUGCAACUACUUUUGACGGUUGCACUAGGCGCAUUCCUUAUGGCUGCGUUCUCUUUCGGACAUUCUCUCUUCGCGAUCAUGCUCAGUCCACUCGCACCAAAUCCUCUUGCCUUCUUUCCUCCACUCUACACGACAAGGCCAUGGCAGAUCACAAGCGUACGGAAAUUCUGGAGUUUUGGUUGGCACAGGCUGUUUGCAAGGUUAUUUCUGGUCUAUGGAGUAUGGCCGGGGGAAUGGUUGGAACGCAAACUCCUUGGGAAAGGCCCGGAUCAACCGGCCGACGUUGGAAAGGUCAUUGGUGCCUUCUUGGUUUCUGCAUUUAUCCACACCUUCUCUGUUCGCGGUGUCCUUGCUGGCGACUGGAGAAUGGCGACUGGAGAAGCUAAGUUCUUCGCCUUGAAUGGUAUCGCAGUCGUGCUAGAGGGGAUAGUUAUCAUGGUUGUGGGCAAAGCAAGGAAAAAGAAAGGAUCGCCCGUUCAAAAGUGGUACGACCCCAUUGUGGGAAGGGUCUGGUGGAUCGCCGUGCUCCUGUGGACAGGUCGGAACUUUGCCAGAGGCUGGGUGAAAUCAGGCCUCGUACGCGAGAUGGCCUUCCUGUGA